AUGCUCCGGAAGAGCUCGAGCCAUAAGACACUCCGAGACGUGAUGCUGGAGGAGAGGACGAGCAGCACGGGCAUGGCCAGCCGCCUCCUCGCCCCUGACGCCUCCCUCUCCAACCCGUCGUUCCGCAACUACUACGGCGUUGCCUCCGCCGGCUCGGUGCCGUUCCUCUGGGAGUCGGCGCCGGGCACUCCCAAGAAGUGCAUCUCGUCGGCGGACCUCCCGCCUCUCACGCCGCCGCCAUCCUACUACAGCAAGACCAGCAAGUCCAAGUCAUCCAAGAAGCUGCUGCCAUCGCCCAAGCCGGCCGGCCUCGUCCCGAAAAUCUUCAGGAGGAGCCACACGAUGCCGUCUCCCUCGCCGUCCAACAAGGAGAGCGUCCCGGUCCAGAGCAGCCGGAGGAAGCGGAUGGUGGAUAGUCCUCGGUCGUCGUUCUCGUCGACAUCAAGGGUGGACGACGACGAAGAAGAAGGCGACGGGGAGGCGAGGUCAACCCUGUGCUUCGGGAUGCGGCACUCCAGCGGGGGAACCCGCAGGCUGCAUGGGCUGCUUGCCUCCGUUGUCGGAGGCUAG